AUGAGGGAGCCUGAAAUAACUAGGAACCCUAUCCAUAAGGUCAAUAGAGUUGAUAAUGGGUCUGAUAUCCUUAGACGUCUAGAGGCCUUAGAGAUGAACCAUGGGUCCAACCAGACUAUGAGCUGUAAUAGUGAGCCCAGAACCUAUCCAUCUACCAUUUGUGGUGAUCAAAGUCAUAUUGGACCUCAUUGUCCCUUGUUUUACCCAAGUGAAACUACCCGUGACCAGACAUUUCCUAUCCAAACGACUCCAAACCCUAAAGGAGUUAACCAGGGUAAUAGAUCAGGUAGUUCUAACCACAAUGAGCAUACCAAAGCAGUUAUCACCCUUAGGAGUGGUAAAACUCUAGAGAACUCAGUAGAACCACCCAAGGAUAGUAGUCUGGCUGAAAAUGAGACAGAGGUUGACCAAACUUCGUCUAAGGACCCUAAUGGGCCUGAAAGUUCUAAGAGUCCAAGUGAGGAAGAUAUCCCUGAGAGAGUGUACAUACCACCUGCACCAUUUCCUCAGAGACUCGCUAAGAAAAAGCCUAAUACAUAUGCUGAAAUCCUAGACAUCUUUAAGAAAGUUAAGGUCAACCUGCCCUUGUUAGAUGCAAUUAAACAUGUACCGGCUAUGGCCAAGUUCCUAAAAGAGAUGUGCACCGUAAAGAGAGACGCGAGUGUCCAUAAGAAGGCCUUUUUGACCCAAUAUAUUAGUUCCAUAAUCUCACAAAAGUACCCAGUAAAAUUUAAAGAUCCUGGUUGUCCUACUGUCACAUGUGUCAUAGGUAAACAAACGAUAGACAAUGCUCUAUUAGAUCUUGGGGCUAGUGUGAAUCUUUUACCUUUCUCGGUAUAUGAACAACUUGGACUAGGUAAGAUGAAACCAACUAGGAUAACACUACAGUUAGCCGAUAGGUCAGUCAAAAUACCACGUGGAAUUAUUGAAGUAUUUUUGGUUCAGGUAGAAAACUUUAUCUAUCCAGUUGACUUUGUAAUUUUAGACACUCAACCUGUCUCUAGUCAAGAUCUCAAUAUCCCAAUCAUCCUAGGUCGUCCGUUUCUAGCCACUGCAAAUGUUGUCAUACAUUGUCAAAUUGUCCUAGUAGAAUUUUCCUUUGGGAAUCAGAAAAUCUCAGUGAACGUUUUUAAGGCGUUACAAGCCCCACCGGACCCCGAACACUACGAGUCUAUAUGCAUGAUUGAUUCUCUAGUUGAGAAUACCUUUACCACCAAUAGUGUUAGCGAUCCUUUAGAGGCGUGCUUGGCCCACCUACUAUGA